UGUACAACAACAGUCUUUGUCUGAUUUGCAUACAUUUUGUGGUGUGAUUUACAAACUUGAUUCAGCUUCUCAAUACGAGGCUGUGAACCCUGGAGGUGGCAGCCCACGACACUGCAAGACUUCCUUCUUUGCCGACACGAGGAUUGUUUCAGAGCUUGCCCUCGUGAUGGAGAGUCUGACAAAAGUUGGCAAGAUCGGUUUGGGGGUCUUCGUGGCGGGAGCUGUGUUCUUCAUCGUGGGAUUCUCUGUGCCCUACUGGGGGACCUAUGGCGACUACAGGUUCGGGUUGUGGGAAGAGUGUAAUUCAGGAGGCAAAGAAAUGUAUACUUUCAAAGAGCUUCCAGGCUGGUUUAGAGGAACUCAAGCCUGCGCCUGUCUUGCACUCAUAUGCAUCAUCGCUGCUGUCGUUUGCCUGGUUCUGUUCCUCUUUUGUAGUGUGCGGCCUUUCUUCGUUUCUUCUGUUAUACUGAACUUGGUGGCAGUUAUCUUCACCUUUGUGGGCGCCGGGGUGUUUGGCUCCAACAUAAAGACCUAUUACGACAUCUCGCUGAGCUGGGGCUUCGUCUUUGACAUCAUCGGCGGCAUCAUCCUCUUCGGCUCCAUCGUCUGCUUUACCAUCGAAUUCGUUCGCCGCCAUUAGACGUUUGGUGAAGUGUCAGAAGAUAACUAGCUUCUAACCAUUCCAAAUAACACCAAGAGUGAUGCUGACUAUGACCGCUGAACAACAAUAACAUUAUCCUUGUUUUGAUGUCAUUACUACAGCAAUUACCGGGGGUUUAUACAAGUUUCACUAAACUUGUUCCACAGAGUGUGGUCGCUGUCCUGCUGUACUACCGUCGUCGCUUGUAGUCACAUGUGUGGUAGAAGCUAAACACAUACUUGAUAUUUAGUCUUAAAAACUGAAGACAAUUUAUUAAUAGUCACGACAUGUAAAUUAUAAUGUAAAUGACAACAUCUAAUAAAAUGGACUGAUAAACAACUGAA